GGCCGAGGACGUGGGCGGGAGGCCGCGGCGGCGCAGAUAGCGUAUCGCCUCCCCACUGCCUCGGCGAUAGCGCCGCCGCCUCCACCUCGCACUCCGCACCUCGGCGCUCAAGAUGGAAGGGGUUCGCCCGCUGCCGCCCGCGCUGGCCAAGGCCGCCCAGGAAGAGCUGCAGGAGUCGCCAGAGCGCCUCAAGGCCGACCUGCAGCACCUCAAGGACUGGCUAGCCAAGCAGCCGCACCUCCGGGCGCGCACGGACGACCAGUUCCUGGUGGCCUUCCUCCGCGGCGCCAAGUUCUCGCUGGAGAGGGCGAAGGAGAAGCUGGACGCCUACUACACGCUGCGAUCCGCGCUGCCCGACUUCUUCGCCAACCGAGACCCCGCCGCGCCCGCCAUCCAGCACAUCAUGAAGCUCGGGCUGUUCCUGCCGCUGGGCGAGGACCGCGAGGGCCGGCGCGUGAUCCUGAUCCGCGGCGGGGGCUACUCGCCCGCCGGCAUCAAGGCCAGCGACCUCUUCAAGGCCAACAUGAUGGUGCUGGAGACCCUGCUGCUGGAGGACGACGCGCUGAUGGUGCGCGGGCAGGCGACGGUGCUGGACCUGGCGGGCAUGACGGUGGCGCAUGUCGCCCACUUCCCGCCCGCGCUCGUGCGCCGCGCCAUGGUCGCCUACCAGAUCGCCACCCACCCGGACCGCGAGUCGCUGUACCGCGCGGUGCCCCAAGAGAUCCUCCCCGAAGAGUACGGCGGCCAGGCGGGCCCCGUGCAGGAAAUCGCAGAUCGCUGGGCAGAGAAACUUGUCUCGUGGCGGCAGCACUUCGUGGAGGACGAGCAGCGGUUUGGGGUGGACGAAAGCCUGCGCCCGGGGCGACCCAAGACCCACCAGGACCUCUUCGAGAGACGUCAGCAUGAAACGUAG